AUGCCCACCCACCGUCAUCGUCCUCCUCCGGUUCGAUUUCAGCUUUGCUCGAAGAACACGGUUUGGGUGUUGGAUCAACUUUACUCUCUCGAUGCCAAAUGGAUAGUCACCUGUAACCACUGUGUUCUAGUUUCGCGAAAAUUGUUGACCGAGCUGUUUGACAGAUUCGCGGCUUGCUCCGAGGGCGCAAAACACCUGACAGAAUUUCUCCAACUACUCUUGUCCUAUUCCGCGGAACGUCUUGACAGCCUGACAGAUCAAUUGACAUCCACGGAACACUAUCUACGACCAAUUUAUGCUGCUGACUACAGUCACAACGAUGCGCAUUACACGAGCAAGUGUGAAGAGCAAUUCACAAAACUACGAGAUAGUGCCAAACAGACCCAUGAAGAAUUAAAAAACGUAUGGAAUGUAAAACGUUCCACAAUACUGAACGCCAUCGGUUUGCAUGCGGACGAGUAUGCAGCAUAUCGGAGUGAAGAACAAGUGUUUGGUCGUUCACAUCACAUAUCAGACGAGUCGAGUGGUUUAGCUGCACCUCCACCGCGCCAAGGAGCGCUCAGUGCUGAAAUCUCCGACAUUUUGUCGGAACAGGAAUCUCGUUUGCUGCAACUGUUGGAUCUGACCGAUACCGGAUUGAUCACGUUUAUUCAUCUAAUUGACCAAUUUUUGUUGGAUCUGAACUGCGGUCGGGACAACGGAUCACGUUUGUAUCCAACUCUGGAUCAGUAUGAAAAGAAAAUAGGUACAUGGAAGAAUAUUUUGCCGAUUAAACGGAAUAAAACAGAACAUCUGAAGAAUCAGCAAGGGACUGCGUCGCCGGACGGGCGAGAUCCGUUGGUAAAUUUACAAACGAAUCUCUUCCAACGAUUGUCUGACCUCAACUUCGUCUUGGCUCAUUGUAUCCGCGUACAGGAACAGCGCAUGGUGUUGUGUGACCAAAGCGCAAUAGGUUGGAUUACACGCUCGCUUGUCCACUUCUGUGUACGACCAGAAUGGAUCGUCAAAUUGCAGGAACAAAAAUGCGAAUCAGAUGAAAUAAGCUCAGUUGCUUCAACCCCCAGUCCUGGUUCCACUUCCAAUAUAAUUACGGAGAUUGGUAUGGAUGAUGUGGAAUCAGAAGAACUAUCUCCAAAUAGAGAAUUGGAUCGGACGGCUCCGGCCUCUCAAGAGCUUGAACCACAGCUGGAUCCAGUCAUGAUGCGUCAAUACCAAUCUCGUUAUGAACGCAUUUUAAGGGACUUCGAUUCUCGUGUUUUGCUGUUUGCCUUGGCUAAAGACAUUACGGAGAUACAAACUGUGGUGGAUCGUAUUGUCAGUCAUUUCAACACGUUAGUUGUGUGUCAGAUUUGA